UGGCACCAUUUUUUCUUUUUUUUUUAAUUUCAGUGGAACUAAAGACUUUUACCAGAUUUUAGAUACCUUUCUACAUGGAUACUAUUACAUUUUCUCAACUGGAUAUUUGUUUUUAUUAGUUUUUUCUUAUCUUUUUUUUCUUGUUAAGUUGAAAAGCAGUCUGGGACUAAAAGGCUUACACCGGAGCCCCUUUGAGCAAGAGUUAAAAGUUCACAAACAAUUUAAGAAGAAUUAGUAAAACUGUGGAAAAGUGCAGGGAACAAAAACAGGUUUUCACCAGAAUGCACACAUAGUCUGCCUGCUUUUUUCACUUUCUUUUCUUUUUUUCUUUAAUCUUUGUUCAUUUAGACUGAGAUGUUUUCCAAAACAGACUUGGAAGUUUUGAUAACCAGCAUAAAACCUUGCAGCAGUAGAGAAGAGAACGGAGUGGAGUACCAGCUUGGAAAAUAGAGACUUACUGAAAUUACAUAAUCAAAAAAAAAUCACCCAGAAGGAUAUCUUGACAUUUUUAUACCUGCGCUGAAUAGUUUGGACACUGUGCAGGGACACCUUCACUCUGGUCUGUGGAGGGCUUCCCUCCCUGCCUUCUCAGGCAAUCUUCACCCCCAGCAGCAUGUCCCAAGCUCCGAGGCUGCCUCUAGUCCUCCUCACAGCACACUACCAUGAUCAGAUGGACUGCUGGAGGGAGUAAGGCUGCCUCUGCCUCGUCCUGCUCCAGGGCUGGGUUAGGGGCUCGUUCAGGCUCUGGGGCCACCUUCAGACUACGGUCAUCAGCACUGCUUAUCACCCCGGCUUUUCCUGUACUAGUCACCCUGUUGGUUUUUUUAUUAUCCCUGCAUGAGGCUGCCUGCCAUCAGUUCCACCGUGACACAGAUAGGGUCUCCAGCCCACGGACUCUCAGAGCUCCAGUGAACAUUUCUGAAGCUGAGCUGAUCUCUAGAGCCAGAGCCAAUGGGGGCCCUGUGGGUCGGACUGGGGGAGCACAGGGGAGGCAUGUGCGCAGUUACAAUCAUCUACUAGGGGACAUACGAAGGAGAAAGCUGUUCUCUUUCCAGAGGUUUUUCCUGAGGAUCGAUAAGAAUGGAAAAGUCAAUGGAACCAAAAUCAAGGACGACCCCUUCAGUAUUCUGGAAAUCACAUCAGUGGACGUGGGAGUGGUGGCCAUCAAAGGGCUAAGCAGCAACUUCUAUCUGGCUAUCAGCAAGAAAGGAGAGCUGUACGGAGCGAGAGAGUUUGGUGUCGACUGCACCCUGAAGGAGCGGAUUGAGGAGAACGGCUACAACACGUACGCAUCAGCCAAGUGGAAGCAUGGGAAGCGACAGAUGUUUGUGGGUCUGAACGGCCAGGGGAAGCCGAUGAGAGGAAAGAAAACCCGAAGGAAGAACACAGCCACACAUUUUCUUCCAACUGUUGUGUGAACCUGUGCACUCGGCUGGAGAGGGACAAUAUGAAACUCUGAAAAUGUGAGGUUUAUAACUCUGAAAAGUGAGAAAUCUCUCAUUUGAUUUUAAAAGAAAAAGGCCUAACACUGUCAUGCAUACAAGUGGUCUCUUCUUUUCUGGGAGAUGGUGUUACCUGUGUUUUCACUGGCACAGAUGCAAUGCUUAUUCUUUUUUUUUUUUUUGUCUGUGCCAAACAGUUUGCAGCUGGACUAAGUGUGUGAUGUGGACACAACCGAAGCUACUGUUUCACUAAAUAAACUGUAGUAGAUGCAGAAUUAUCUCAAGAUGUUAUUUAUAUCCAUAUUCUCCUGUGAGACACAUAAACAGAACAGAAAAUGUUCAGGAUGUGGGAAACAAUCAGUGAGUCCGUUUAUCACGGCAGCAGGAAAUAAUAAAGGAUAGAACACAUUUAAAGCAAAUGUUCGAUACUUAACCACUGUGUUUUUGCCUGAAUUGUAAUGAUUUAUUUAUUUUGUGAAAUAUUUAACUGAAGGGGAACACAAGCAUUUCUUUGAAUUCUUUUUGUUUUAUAAGAACUCUA